UAUCAGCAGAUUUUCGAACACUGCAAAGUAAAUAUGGCUACUUGCGUUUGUACUAUUUUACAGUGAAUACAUAAUUCAGAAUUUAUAAUUAUUUAUGAAAAAAAAUUAUCAUUAGCUAAAAUACUGUAAAUAACAUGUUGUCCCGUACUUAUUCUUUAUUUAGUGGAAUGUGCAUUAGAAGUAGUCGACGAACAAUAAUAUCAGCUGCUACGAAAGAUGUAGCGGAUCAGACAAAUGUUUCGUCGUUUCGUAUUGCGGAAUCUAACCCUGAAGAACACGAUGAAUGUUGUUUAAAUCGUAUUUAUACGGUUCCUUCAGAUAUUACAACAUUAUUAAUGGCAAACACGACACUUGAAUUAAAAAAGCAAGCACAAAUUUUCAGAGAACUAGGCAUUUUAGUAAGGCAACCUGCAAUUGAAAUGAUAUCAUACUUGGAACAAACUGAUUAUACGAAGCCUAUAAACAAAUAUGUUCUUUAUGGUAAAAAUGGAGCAGGAAAAACAACAAUAUUAUUACAUUUGAUUCAUUAUGGUCUUGCAAAAUACUUUUUUGUACUUCAUUUACCAUGGGUUCAAAAUUGGUUUCGAUAUGCUAGGGACGCUACUGCAUCUCCUCUGGAACCAGAUAAACUAGACUUACCUGAAUCAGCAACAAAAUGGUUAAAGUAUAUAAAACAGUUAAACAAUGUGUCAUUAUCACAGCUUGAUUUGAAGACCACUAAGGAAUAUACAUGGUCCCAAAGAGAAGUUACAAAACCUGGAGAUUCACUUUCUAAUCUUAUUGAAUUUGGGAUACAGAGAACUAAAUUUGCUUGUGGUGUUAUUAAUGCUUUGGUGGAUGAGCUCAAAAUAGCCAGUACAGCAGGAAAAUGUAAAACAUUAGUUGUUAUAGAUGGUUUUAAUGCUCUUACAUCUGACAUUACACAUGUACGUGAUGAAAAUCGUGUAUAUGUACCACCUGAUAAGAUAUCGAUAACAUCUGCAUUUUUAAGUAGCGUAGACUACAAUUGGUGUAAUGGUGCUGCAGUAUUAACAGUAGAUAAAAAAGCAAACAGAGAUAAAAGAGAUUCUGAUUAUCCAACAUAUUUACUUGGUAAGAAAGGGUUUGAACAUUUAGAUCCCUUUCUUCCCAUUUGCGUCGACGAGUAUUCAGUACAAGAAUUAGAAACUAUCCUAAAAUAUUAUAAAGAUCGAAAAUGGAUCAGAAACGUUAGUCCUCAAGGACAAAAAGAAUUGGAAUUACUAUCCAAUAAAAAUCCACUCAUGCUUUGGACACUUUGCAAACCAUUAUAUUAAAAUCACGUUAUAUGCAAAUAAAUGUUGUUUUUCAGAAAUUGAUUAA